CUUUCUACCUUUUUAUCCACCCAAAUCUAUCUCCCUGCAUAAUUAAACAAGUUCGAUCGUUUUCCUUCAAAUUACUCGCUUUAAUUUGUAACGCAGGGCUUGCAAACAAAUAAACUCUAGCUCUGUAGCAAAACCUACCUAGGCAAUCUAGCUCCACUUAUUUGAGUCUUCGUUUUGUCUUUAUGAGUUUUCCGUUUCAACCGAUGCCAACGAUCUCUCAUAAAACUACUCAAAUUACCAGCUGGUACUUCUUUGCUCUCAAAGUCCUGCCAACGGUAUUUAAUUAACCCAAUACUCCAAUCUACUACUGUCAGCCAUGAUCGGUCCGAGCAAGCUCGCCUCGUCUCUCACCGCAAUGUUCGCGGUGUCUCUCUUAGCUAUACUCGUUCAGCUAUUCUGGGUGCUCCGGCGCAGGCGAAGACUCCGGAGACAGAGCAUCGAGGUUGGCGGAAACUCAUUCUACAGCUCCCCAAAAGAGCUCCUCCACAUCUUCUGCUGGGAAAACCAGUCGCGCAUCGAACCCAACGAAGCUCCUGCCCCCACUCCAUCUCCCCAAAUAACGACGGAGGCCGAUGACGUUUUCAAGUGGCACGUACUGUACGGACAGUCGAGGAUUUUGUUUACGAUCAAGGAGGAGGCCGAGAGAGAAGGUCUGGACUCUGAGAACUGUUCGUCUUCGGAGAACGGAACGAGGACUAAGAGGGCCGUGUGCACGGAAGAGGUUGUUGGGGUACUUGCGAGGUCUUUGCCGGUCGUGGCUGUGAAGAUUGACGUAGACGAUGCGACGCCGUUCUCUACGCCUUGUGCUUCGCCACCUUACUACACUCCUUUGCCAUCUCCUACUCGUGAGAAGUAAUAUGGGACCCGAAAGCUAGCUGACACGUUCGAGAGGAAGAGAAAGAGAUCACGAAACAAUCUGUUAAACGGCAGCAAGAAAAGCCAGAUGAUCAGCAUGCUUUUUCCGGGAAAUAACAAGUUGCCGUUUGUGGGCAUAGAUGUUAAUUAGAAUUUAGGUGUUGCCAUGUGAACAUGGUGGCCGUGAAUAUCUCCGGUCGGAGAUCGAUCAUUUGCUGGCAGUUGAGCUUCUUUAGUAUUUUUGUAAGAUAGAUCCAUUUCCCAACAAUCCAUCCAUAGCAUUAGCGUUCAACC